AUGGCGGAGAACAAGGAAGUAGUGGUGAUUGGUGAACGCCAGAAUUAUUUGACGAAUGUAAUUUCGGCAUUAAGGGCGGAGAAGUUGGUUCGAAAGGGAUCAAAUGUGGUAGCCGACGCGUUGAGUCGUAGGGUUAAGUCGGACUUGAGGGCUAUGCUCGCCCAAUUAAGCUUGUUGGAUGAUGGUAGCUUGUUAGCUGAGCUUCAAGUAAAAUUGGUGUGGGUUGAGCAGAUAAGGAGUAAGCAGUUAGUGGAUGAGAUUUUGGGUGCUCGUUUUAAACAAGUAAAUAGUGGGGAGACAUUGGACUUUGAGAUAAAUAGUAAAGGAGUAUUGUGUUUCCAUGCGAGAAUGUGUAUAAAAAAGGACGAUAAUCUAAGGCAGUCCAUUCUGCGGGAAGCACAUAGCGGUCUCUACGUAAUGCAUCCUGGUGGAAACAAGAUGUAUCGAAAUUUGCGUGAGCUUUAUUGGUGGGCUGGACUUAAGCGCAAGGUUAUGGAGUUCGUAAGCAAAUGUUUAGUUUGA